AUGCAUGGUGCCUUAUUCAUCGCCGAGAUACUUCAACACAUCUUUCACUGCUUCAGUGACGAGUUCUAUAGAAUAAGAGGUUCCAGUGGUAACGAGCGCACCCUCUCCACAUUGGCACGAACCUGCAAGACGUUUAAGGAGCCUGCUCUUGAUGCACUUUGGGAAAACAUCGCGAGCCUUGAUCCCUUCAUCAAGUGCCUGCCAUAUGAAGCGUGGAAAUUUAUCGAAGCAACUAGGCUGGAGUGGAACGGACAAACGAGGCACAUACCGACGUUCACCAGCCCUUUGACUGCGGGGGACCGGUUAAUCCUCAGAAAGUACACGCCUCGCGUGCGUCGCUUCCACAUGACGUUACUCGAUAGGUCUUAUUUGGAUGCACUGUUCGAGCUUAGCCUCGCGACGUCCGAUAGCCACCAUCUCUUUCCCAACCUAAAGCACCUAAAUUGGGUCGCCAUGCCUACAGAAUUUCGACCGUACCUGCGGAUGUUCCUUCCAACUACCCUUGAAUCUCUAUCGUACAUCAUCGGCCCGCUCUCCGGGCGCAAGGGAGAUGCUUCCAUGCUCGCAGCUAUCGGCACUUUCUGUCCGGACCUCAAGAAAAUUACUGUCGGCUUCUCCAAUGAUGUCGAAGGAGGAACGGAUGCCUUCUCAAGAUCUGUCCUCUGUUGGAAGAGGUUGACUGUGUUACACUGCAGGGAAAUGACUGACGAGGCGCUCGUUCAUAUUGCCAGGUUACCAACACUGCAGGGCCUAUCUAUCACGCUAUACUCCACGGCAUCCUUCGCCGACACAAGGUCUCAGGUUGAUGGUAUCCCAUUUGGGAACGUAACAACUCUCAAAGUCAUCGCACUGAACUUGAAAGUGUUUAUUGCGUUUACCACUGAGAUGGCGCUGUCUCUUGUAGAUGUCGAAUUGUGGAUCACAGACAAUGAUUGCUCGGAAAGUGCCAAGGAGUCUUUCGAUGAAAUUGCAAAAGGAAACCGCUCACUGUGUAACCUGAGGAUACUCAGCUGCCGCGACCAGGACGUACUCAUCCCGCCAGACUACUCCCACGUCAUCCGGGGACGUACUGCUACUAUCUCAACUUUCCAACCGCUGUUCAAAUUCCACCAAUUGCGCGUCCUUGACGUGACCUUCUGCUGUUCAAUGGUGCUCAGCGAUUUUGACAUCAUGGUGCUCGCGUAUUCAUUUCCCCUAAUCGAAGUUCUACUCCUCAACGCCAACUACGGAUGGGAGUCUCCGUCCCCCAUUACAUUUGUCGGUAUCCUUUCUGUGAUUAGACUCUGCCCGAAACUGCAGAAACUCGGCAUCGAAUUUGAUGCUACAGCAACGGAUCCCAUAAUCACAUGUCCCUCGCCCAAAACGUCACAAGAGAGCACUCCGGUACUCAUAAUGCCCAAAGCCACAGACUUGAAAGCAUUCUACGUUGGGAACUCGCCAAUCAAAGACGCAUUUCUCGUAGGAAGAUAUCUGUCUAUCCUCAUGCCUAAUCUCGAUAGGAUAUACGGAUGGAAACCCCGCCAUAUGCGCAAUGACGAUCCAGGUUGGGUAAGGGAUCGGAGGCGAUUCAUGCGGCGAUGGGCCAAUGCCGAGCUCGUAGUUCGUCGACUCCGCUCAAGAGAUAUCGCGAAUGCAGACCCUGACGACCAAACUCUUGUCGAAUUGAUGGCAAUAGUUAAUACAGAUGUCAGUGAGGAAUAA